AUGGCUACCAAUGCACCAGCCACGAACCAAAAUGGCGGCAACGCCGUCGACGCGAUUGAGCCCGUCCGCCAUGAGCCGGUCCAGGGUGACAGCCUUCAGGAAAAGGCGGCUCAGUUCUUAGUGGAACAUGGAGGCGGCGAUACGGCAUUCACCUAUGAGGAAGAGAAAGCGGUCUUGAAGCGCAUCAACUUCCGCAUUCUGCCUCUUCUCCUGGGCGCAUACUUCUUCCAGCAACUCGACAAAAGUUCCCUCAGCUAUGUUUCCAUCUUCGGCAUCACAGAAGACGCCGGCCUCGUCGGCCGCCAAUACUCCUGGCUCGGCUCCAUCCUCUACAUCGCUCAACUCGUCUGGCAACCCGCCGCCGCCUUCAUUCUCGUCAAGCUGCCCAACGGAAAAGUCAUCGCCGCCGCAAUCUUCCUCUGGGGCUCCAUGCUCGCCAUCAUGACCUCAUGCACAAACUUUGGCUCACUUCUCGGUCUGCGGUUCAUGCUCGGCACGUUCGAGGCUCUCAUCGCACCUUCAUGUCUGAGUGUUACAACUAUGUGGUGGAGACGCAGUGAACAGACGCUCGUUACCACGUCUUGGAACGCCAUGAACGGUGUGACUUUCAUCGUGGGUAGCUUGGCGACGUAUGGACUGGGACACAUCAAGAGCGAAACGCUGCACUCAUAUCAGAUCAUCUUCCUGUUCUGCGGCCUUCUGACCGUCUCAUACUCCUUCAUCGUCCUCAUCCUCAUGCCCGACUCGCCCAUCUCCGCCAAGUACCUCACCGAGAGAGAAAAGGUCAUCGCCGUCGAGCGUCUCCGCGCGAACCAGAUGGGCAUGCAAUCAGGCCACUGGCGCUGGGACCACGUCCUCGAGACCUUCCUGGACCUCAAGACAUGGUGCUGGUUCUUGCUCAUCAUCGCCAUCUCCAUUGCCAGCGGCGGCAUCUCCACCUUUGGCAACCUCAUCGUCAAGUCUUUUGGCUACGACAGCUUCACCACGAUCUUGUUCAACAUCCCCUUCGGCGCCAUCCAGAUCAUCGCCAUCAUGGGCAGCGGCUGGCUCGCGACUAAGAUCAAGCGCAAGGGUGUCGUCAUCUCUAUGCUAUCCGUCCCGCCUGCCAUCGGCUCCAUCCUGAUGCUUACCGUGCCCCGUCAUGAGAAGGGUGUCUUGCUGUUUGGGUACUACCUUGUCUCUAUCCUUGCUGCCAUCACCCCCAUCAUCUUCACAUGGCAGGUGCAGAACACCGCUGGUGACACCAAGAAGAAGACGACUUCCGCCGUAGUCUUCAUCGGAAUGUGUGUUGGCAACAUCAUCGGACCCCUACUGUACUCUGUCGACGACGCCCCACUCUACCGUCCUGGACUCAUCUCGAACUUGGUCAUGUUUGUCCUUGUUGGCAUCAUGGGACUUCUGAUUCCUAUCUACCUCAAGUUCCUCAACAGCAAGCACGCCAAGCGCCGUGAGGAGCUCGGCAAGAGCGCCCAGAUCGUCGACGAGUCCAUGUUGCGUAAGGACGAGACGGAGACCAGCAAGGCUGUCGAGGUUGAGGGUGAUGCUGCCGGCCAGCAGCACAGGACGAUUGAGGAGGAUAAUGCCCUGCGCGACAUGACUGAUCUUAAGAACGAGGAUUUCAUCUAUGUCUACUAG